AUUAGCUUACAAUCUUCAUUUAUUCAUUUCUUGAACACGGAAAAGUGAGAACAGAAAAUUAGUUAAAAUGAAGUUUAAAUUUGAAAUUAUUUUUAUCUCAACUUUAUUCCAUUUAUCAACUUCAAUCAAUUAUGAAAAUUACAAAGUUGUGUCAUUCGAAGUUGUCAAUGAAACUCAAUUGAAGGAAAUAAAAACUUUGGAAAGUGAAAAUGGUUUUAUUUUCUGGGAUCCACCUCAAAGUGUUAAUAAUAAGCUUGAUUUGGUGAUCAGACCAGAUUUAUUCCCAAUGUUUGAAGAAAUUGCAUCAUCCAAUGGAAUUCAAUUUAAAGUGACGACUGAUAAUUUGAAGCAAUGGAUCGAUGCUGAGAACCCACCAAAACUGCGCAAAGAAGGUUUUUCCUUGGAUCAAUAUAAUCAACUUGAAGAUAUUUAUGCAUUUAUGGAUGAAAUGGAAAACAAUCAUCCCGAAGCAAGUGUUUUUACAAUUGGAGAAUCUUUUGAAGGUCGCCCAAUUAAAGGCAUAAAAAUCACGAAUAAUGAAAACAAUCCAGGAAUUUUCAUUGAAUCUACAAUUCAUGCUCGUGAAUGGAUUGCAACAGCAACCUCAGUUUGGUUGAUUAAUGAAAUUUUAACAUCAGAAGAUAUAAACUUGAGAGAAAUUACUGAUAGCUUGACGUGGUAUUUCGUGCCAGUUGUAAAUGUUGACGGAUAUCAAUACACUCAUGACGUCAAUAGAUUGUGGAGGAAAACGAGGUCAAUGCAUAAUAUUUUGUGUCGUGGUGUUGAUCCAAAUCGUAAUUUUGGAUUUAACUUUAGAGAGGGUGGAUCAUCAAACGUCGCUUGUUCUGAUACUUACUCGGGUCCAUAUGCUUUCUCUGAAAAAGAAACAAGAGCUUUAAUGGAUUUUUAUGAAACAAUCGCAGAUAAGACAGAAGCCUACAUUUGUUUCCAUUCAGCAGCACAAGCGUUGAUGUAUCCAUUGGGAACAACAAAUUCAACCGAAUCAGUUCCUAAUCGUGAUGACUUACAUAACAUCGCACAGACAGCUGUAUAUGCAUUAACUUCUACAUUUGGAACAGUUUAUCGAUAUGGAAAUGCUAUGGAUACACUCUACAUGACAUCGGGAACAAGUCGUGAUCACGCUUAUGGUCAUUACAAGACACCAUUAGUUUUUACUUAUGAAAUGAGAACGGCUGAUGACAUAAAUUCAGUAAUCAGUGAAACGUCUUCGGGUGAAGUACAAGUUGAAAUGUGUGGUCGUUACAGGAAAAUAAUAUCUUUGAUCUGUUUAAUGCUUAUUGCUUUUGGUGCAAAAUCUGUUAAUGGAAAUGAGACGAUCACAUGUGGAAAAGACAUUUGGUCACGCGAAUUUACUUGUUAUAUUGAUGAGGCAAUUCAUGAAAAAGGAAGAAAACUUUCGGGACGAAUUGAUUUGCAAACCACAUCUUUCUAUAUCAAUAAAAACAAAACUGUUAAAUAUUUGCCUGAAAACGCGUCGGCAGUGUUUCCUAAUCUGGAGCGUUAUCAGGCAAAAAGAUGUUCAAUUUUGGAAGUUCAUUACUCCAAUUUCAUUGGGCUGCCAAAGCUUCAAAUGUUAGAUUUGUCUGGUAAUCAAAUUGAAAUACUCCAAGAUGAUGUUUUCAAAGAUUUGACUUCUCUGGAAUUAUUACAACUAAGCUAUAAUAAAAUAGAAAAUAUCAACGAAAGAAAUUUUAAUGGAUUGGGAAAUUUAGAACUUUUGGAGUUAGGUCACAACCAGCUACAAAUAUUAAAUAAUGAUACAUUUAGACAAUUGUCUUCUUUAUAUCAUCUACGUUUAACUAAAAAUUCAAUAAAACAUAUCGAGGAGAACAGUUUCAAUGGAUUGGGAAAGUUAACAACUUUGCAUUUGGACCACAACCAAUUGGAUAAAUUAGAUUUUGACAUAUUUGCGCCUUUGUCAUCAUUGCAGUAUCUUAAUUUAGUACAAAAUAAUAUCAAACAUAUUGAUGGAAAUGUUUCUCAAAAAUUGGAAAAGUUAGAGGAAUUAAACUUAAAUUACAACCAAUUGGAUAAGUUGGACAAUGAAGUAUUUGCGCCACUUUCGUCAUUAACUCAGCUUGAUUUAAUGCAUAAUAAUCUCAAAGAGAUUGACAAAAGUGCCUUCAAUGGAUUGAAAAUGUUAAAAACUUUGAUGCUAGAUCACAAUCAGUUGCAAAAAUUAGACAAUGAGCUGUUUGCCACUCUUCCAUCAUUGGAAAAUCUGAUGAUAGGUUUCAAUUACAUUUCAACAGAAAACAACAGAAUCAAAGAAAUUGAUGCAAAUGUUUUCAAAGGAUUAUCCAAAUUAAGUGAAUUGAAUUUGAAUUGCAACCAGUUUGAGAAGUUGGAAAACGAUAUGUUUGCACCAUUGUCUUCCUUAAGCCAUCUACGUUUAAAUAAUAAUUCAAUAAAACAGAUCGAGGAAAACACUUUCAAUGGAUUAGGAAAGUUGACAUUUUUGGAAUUGGACCGCAACCAAUUGGAUAAAAUAGAACGUCACGUGUUUUUGCCACUGUCAUCGUUAUCCGGUCUUAGUUUGGCAUACAACAAAAUCAACCAAUUUGAUGAAAAUGCUUUUAAUGGAUUGAAUAAUUUGGAAUUUUUGAUUCUAAAUCACAACAAAUUGGAGAGAUUAGAUUACGCUUUAAUCGAGCCUUUGAUAUCGUUGCGUGAGCUGACAUUACAGAAUAACUCGAUUAAAUUUAUUGAUGAAUCAAUUUUCACCGAAGCUGAAUUAUUUUUCCCCGACCUUAGAAUGGUUGAUUUAUCUUCCAAUUUCUGUAUAAACAAAGAGAUUUCAAUGGACGAAAUUGAAAUAAAGAAAGUCUUGUCAACCAUAAGGAGAAAAUGCCAGCAAAAGGAAGACCUGAAGAAAGAUCAAGUGAAGGAAUGUCAAUUUAACAUAGAUGAGUUUAAGGAAGAAAUGAGGCAACAAUUUACAGAAAUCAAAGACAUCAAGCAGCAGCUUCUGAAGUUUGAAAAUGAAAUCAAAUCACAAUAUUCCGACAUUAAAACAAAACUGAAUGAAUUAACUGUCUUGGAUUUAAAUCACAACAAAUUGGAAAGAUUAGAUUACGCUUUAAUCGAGCCUUUGAUAUCGUUGCGUGAGCUGACAUUACAGAAUAACUCGAUUAAAUUUAUUGAUGAAUUAAUUUUCACCGAAGCUGAAUUAUUUAUCCCCGACCUUAGAAUGGUUGAUUUAUCUUCCAAUUCCUGCAUCAACAAAAAUAUUCCAAUGAACAACAUCGAAAUAAAGAAAGCAUUGUCAAUCGUAAAGAGAAAAUGCCAACAUAAGGAAGAUCUGAAGAAAGAUCAGGUGAAGGAAUGUCAAUUUAACAGAGAUGAGUUUAAAGAAGAAAUGAGGCAACAAUUUUCCGAGUUUAAAGAAAUCAUGAAAGAAUUUUCCGAGUUUAAAAAGGAAAUCAAAUUACAAUUAUCCGACAUUAAAACAAAACUGAAUGAUUUAACUGGUUCGCAUUAG